AAAAACUAUUUCAAAGGCGCCCGUGUCAAAGAGCCACGCUUAGUGGGUGGAGAAGAACAACGCAAAGGCAAAGAGGUCGAGAGGAGGGGAGGAGAAAACCACGUGUGUCCACCACCAUGUACAGCACUGUCCUUCCUAGGUAGACUUGUUUUUGUAAGCCCGUACCCUUCGCAUGUAGCCACCUAGCCUGCACUACCCGGAGAAGCAGAUAGUUAUUUAUUUGUUUUUUCACAUUAAUCUAUAAGACUCCUAACACAAGAGCAAAGCUGCGGGGGGGAUUUCUGUCACCACACUGACUGCCGAACAUGGUGAGCAAGACAGAUGACAUCCCGGCGUCAGUGCCUGACUGUAAUCCGGUUGAUCUUUCGGAUGGAGCCCGGGACGGCAAAGAGACAAACGACAGGACCGAGAAGGAUUCCUGUUGUGGGCACAGUGCAGAUACAGCCAUGGUGAACGGCGACGGGGCUCAUGAGCAUACGGAGGAGGCAGAGUCGAAGCAGGAUGGGAACGGUGACGCGGACGGAGGGGAGGACUCCAACGAACAGGAAGUGAUAGUGAUCCAGGACACGGGCUUCACUGUUAAGAUCCAGGCACCUGGAACAGAGCCAUUCGACCUGCAGGUGUCCCCCCAGGAAAUGGUGCAGGAAAUCCAUCAGGUGUUGAUGGACCGCGAGGACACCUGCCACCGCACCUGCUUCUCCCUGCAGCUGGACGGAAACGUGUUGGACAACUUUGCCGAGCUGAAGUCCAUCGAGGGCCUGCAGGAGGGCUCGCUGCUCAAGGUGGUGGAAGAGCCCUAUACAGUACGGGAAGCUCGCAUCCACGUACGCCACAUCAGAGACCUGCUGAAAAGUCUGGAUCCCUCCGACGCCUACAAUGGAGUGGACUGCAACUCCUUGUCCUUCCUCAGCAUCUUCACUGAUGGAGACCUUGGAGAUAGUGGGAAGCGGAAGAAGAAGGGCAACGAGCUGGAGCAGAUCGACUGCACGCCCCCUGAGCACAUCCUGCCCGGCAGCAAAGAGCGCCCUCUGGUGCCCCUCCAGCCACAGAACAAGGACUGGAAGCCCAUGCAGUGCCUGAAGGUCCUGACUAUGAGUGGCUGGAACCCUCCGCCUGGAAAUAGAAAGAUGCACGGUGACCUCAUGUACCUGUACAUUGUGACCGUGGAGGAGCGCCAUGUCAGCGUCACCGCCUCCACACGCGGCUUCUACCUCAACCAAUCAACUACCUAUACCUUCAACCCCAAGCCAGCCAAUCCCAGCUUCCUGAGCCAUUCUCUGGUGGAGCUGCUGAGCCAGAUCAGCCCCGCCUUCAAGAAGAACUUCACUGCCCUGCAAAAGAAAAGAGUACAGAGGCACCCGUUUGAGAGGAUAGCAACUCCUUUCCAGGUGUACAGCUGGACCGCACCACAGGUCGACCAUGCAAUGGACUGCGUCCGAGCCGAGGACGCCUACACCUCCCGGCUGGGUUAUGAGGAGCACAUACCCGGACAGACCAGAGACUGGAACGAGGAGCUGCAGACCACCAGGGAGCUGCCCCGGAAGAACCUGCCUGAGCGACUGCUGAGAGAGAGAGCUAUUUUUAAGGUCCACAGUGACUUUGCAGCUGCUGCCACAAGAGGCGCCAUGGCAGUGAUUGAUGGCAACGUGAUGGCAAUCAACCCCGGCGAAGAGACGAGGAUGCAGAUGUUCAUCUGGAACAACAUCUUCUUCAGCCUGGGCUUCGACGUGCGGGACCAUUACCGUGAGCUCGGGGGCGACGCGGCCGCCCACGCCGCGCCCACCAAUGACUUGAACGGAGUGCGAGCUUACGGGGCCGUGGACGUGGAGGGGCUGUACACGCUGGGGACGGUGGUGGUGGACUACAGAGGCUACCGCGUCACAGCCCAGUCCAUCAUCCCCGGCAUCCUGGAGCGCGAGCAGGAGCAGAGCGUCAUCUACGGCUCCAUCGACUUUGGGAAGACGGUCGUGUCCCACGGCAAAUAUCUGGAGCUGCUCGACAAAACCAGCAGGCCCCUGAAGGUCCAAAGGCACAACGUUCUGAACGAGAAGGAGGAGACGGUGGAGCUGUGCUCCUCGGUGGAAUGUAAAGGCAUCAUCGGGAAUGACGGCAGACACUACAUCCUGGACCUCCUUCGCACCUUUCCUCCUGACCUCAACUUCCUGCCCGUGGACGGAGAGGAGCUGUCUCCAGAGAGCCAGCGCGUCAGCUUCCCCCGUCAGCACCGGCACCGCUUGGCUUGUCUCCGCCAGGAGCUCAUCGAGGCCUUCGUCGAGCACAGGUAUCUUCUCUUCAUGAAGAUGGCAGCAUUGCAGCUCAUGCAGCAAAAGGCAAACAAGGACUCUAAUAAGACUGACGCGCCCGCCAUCACUGAAAGCGCAGAGGCGCCUUCAGCGGAGGGCGGCGCGGACACCGCCCGGACACAGAGCACUGCCGCAGAGGCCCCCACUGCCGCGGAGGCCUCCACAGAUAGCACAAGUCAGUCAGACAACAGCACCUCUGCCGCUUCCCAAACGGCAGCACCCGAGAGUGAGGAAAGCUCCUCCAAGCCCACAACAAACGGGCCUCUCGAACCGGCAGCCGCCCAGAAUGGGGAUUGCAAAAGCCCUCUGGAGGGUAAGGAGCUUGAGGAAAGUAUUCCAGGAUUAGCUCAGGCCAAAGAGCUGGCGGAGACCUUAGUUGCCGAAGAUGGAUCUGGUAUUGACCCCAAAAGCCGUGAAGUGGUCCUCAAUGCCUGCAAGGCAGUCGGCUCCAUCAGCAACACAUCUUUUGAUAUCCGCUUCAAUCCAGACAUCUUCUCUCCGGGAGUGCGCUUCCCAGAGGACUGCACAGAAGACGUCCAGAAGCAAAAGCAGCUUCUCAAAGACGCGGCUGCCUUCCUAGUGUCGUGUCAGAUCCCAUCAUUGGUUAAAGACUGUUUGGACCACAGCGCUCUGCCCAUGGAUGGAGCCACUCUAACGGAGGCCUUGCACCAGAGAGGCAUCAACGUUCGCUAUUUGGGCACAGUUCUGGAAUUUGUAGAGAAGACCCCGGCCAAAGCCCAGCUGGAGCACUUCUACAGAAUAGGGAUCAUCGAGCUGAUCACACGAUGUGCAAAACACAUCUUCAAAACGUACCUCCAGGGCGUGGAGUUGUCGGCUCUGUCUGCGGCUGUCAGCCAUUUCCUCAACUGCUUCCUGAGCUCCUUCCCCGACGCAGUGGCCCACCUGCCCGCCGACGAGCUGGUGUCGCGCCGCAAAAGCCGCAAGCGCCGCAACCGAGUCCCCGGCGGCGGGGACAACACGGCCUGGGCCAGCCUGACCCCCAGCGAGCUGUGGAAAAACAUCGCCUCCGAAGCCCAGAGCUACUAUCACUUCACCCUGCAGUGUGAAAGUGUUGACCAGGUGGUGGAGAAGUACAGUCUUCAGAAAUCCACCCUGCUCCGAGAAAUUUCUAUAAAAACUGGCAUCCAGAUCCUGAUAAAGGAGUACAACUUUGACAGUCGCCAUAAGCCCGCCUUCACCGAAGAAGACAUCCUGAACAUCUUCCCCGUCGUGAAGCACGUCAACCCCAAAGCCUCAGAUGCCUUCCACUUCUUCCAGAGCGGGCAGGCCAAAGUUCAGCAAGGUUUUCUGAAGGAAGGCUGUGAACUGAUCAACGAGGCUUUGAACCUCUUCAACAACGUGUACGGAGCCAUGCACGUGGAGAUCUGUGCCUGUCUGCGCCUGCUGGCUCGCCUUAACUACAUUAUGGGAGACCACCCCGAGGCUCUCAGCAACCAGCAGAAAGCUGUGCUGAUGAGUGAAAGAGUCCUUGGCAUCGAGCAUCCCAACACAAUUCAAGAAUAUAUGCACUUGGCUUUGUACUGCUUUGCAAACGGCCAGCUUUCGACUGCCCUGAAGCUGCUUUACCGCGCACGUUACCUCAUGUUGUUGGUUUGCGGGGAGGACCACCCAGAGAUGGCACUGAUAGACAGCAACAUUGGGCUGGUGCUGCAUGGAGUGAUGGAGUAUGAUUUAUCUCUGAGAUUCCUGGAGAACGCCUUGACCAUUAACACAAAGUAUCACGGGGCCCGGUCCCUCAAAGUGGCUCUCAGCUAUCAUUUGGUGGCGAGGGUGUACGAGAGCAAGGCCGAGUUCCGCUCUGCACUACAGCACGAGAAGGAGGGUUACACCAUUUAUAAGAACCAGAUGGGUGAGGCCCAUGAGAAAACCAAGGAGAGCUCUGAGUACCUGAAGUAUCUCACCCAGCAGGCUGUGGCCCUGCAGAGAACAAUGAAUGAAAUCUACAAGAAUGGCUCAAAUGCCAGCAUCAUGCCGCUCAAGUUCACUGCCCCAAGCAUGGCCAGUGUCCUGGAACAGCUCAACAUCAUCAACGGCAUCAUCUUUAUACCACUCAGUCAAAAGGAUCUGGAGAACUUGAAGGCAGAGGUGCAGAGGCGGCAGCAGCUGCAGGAGCUGGGGAAAAGCAAUGAGCCCACUGAGGACACCCCACUGGAACUUGAAGACAAAAUCCCCAUUGAUUAAUAGUUUAAAGCCCCCAACACAGCAACUUACUGCUAAGAGGGAGGGAUUGGAAUCCGCGACGAAAGAGUCGAGUCACCUAUGGACCCGAGAACCAGGCAGUCCAAAUCAGCAUUGAAAUCACAGGGGGGAGGGUGGGUCAGGGCAAGUCUAGAGACAAAAUUGUAUGGACUGUAGAACAAAGGAAGACAGAGCAGGGGUUUCCUACAAGGUAGGACAGAGAAUGAGACAAAGUACAAACUGCAUAGAAUCAAUGUUUUGUGCAAUCUGAAAAGUCUCAGGCCCAGGAACCUGGGGAUAAAGUGGCUGAGGGUGUGGGCUGCUUAGAAAUAAUUAUAUUUGGGAAAGGUAUGCAGCCAGGGAAAAGAAUGAGACCAAGAAUGACCAUGACAUUGUAAACCAGAGCCUUAUCCGCCGUACCACCAUCUCCAAUUCAUGUUUCUUCUCAGCUCAAACUUCUCACAGUACUGUUGGCCCAGGAGCCGUCUUCACCUUGUUUAAAGAUGCUUGAAGAUACCCAGCCAUGUAGACCCUCUUCCCACUUUCCCAAAGGUGCUCUAAAUGACACAGCACCUACCCUGUCCAAGAACUCAGGGGUUCUUUCUAUUGUGCACUAAGACCCAAAUACAGUCAGUAAAUUUGAGAUUUUUCAAGAGGGGCUUGAGAAUGUAAUUUCCCGUCUCGAUGGCUUCUUUGGGUCACUUUGCCGAGUCACCCAUCAUCAUUACACUUUGCUCAAGGUUAAUUAAUUAAAUCAUUCUGUCCUUUGUACGUACAACAUCCCAGGCAGGUGCCUGCUGUGUUUAGUUUGUUUAGUUUCUCUUUGUUCAAGCAAGCAAACAACAAAGUGAGCUUUCAACCGAUUUAGUUUGAUUUGCCAUUUUUCUUUGUUUUGUUUUUUUUAAAGUUAAAUGGAUUUUUGUAAAAGUGCACAGGAGAAUUGAGAAGGUACUUUAUGCCUGUUGAUCAUCAGUUCAUUUAAGCCAUGUCUGUUUUAUAGAAAAUGUAUAGAAGUGGAACAGAUGUAUAAAUCUCUAUUCGGUUUUGACAGGUUCUUGAUGUUAAUGGGAAAAGGCUGAAUUGAAAUACGUCCAUUUUAACCGUAGAUUUCUCUAUCUGUAUACUAGCUGUGUUCAAUCUUCUAUUUUUACACACUGAAAGAAAAUAUGUGCAUGUGUGACAGUGUGCGUCUUUGUGUCAUCCGGCAGAAAACCUGUUGGCCACCGCUGUCGUUGCUUUUGCCGCUUGCAAAGCUUGAAUAAAGGCUAAGCGAACAUUUGAUCUCCAAAUGUUUCAGUACAUAUCCACAUGUUAAAAUUGCUGUUGAAAUGCAGAUGUCCAUUUUCUUAAAACAUUCAUGGCCACCGGUGUUGUAAAUCUGCUUAUGAAUGAAACUGGUACUGAAAUUAAAUCUGCUUCUAACUCUUUGCACAGGUGCUCAAACCUUGGCAGUAGUGACAGAUUUUUACUCUAGCUGUGUUGUUUUUUCUUUUUCUUUGUCUUUUUCAUUUCUGGAAAAGAAAUGUAAUCUUUUCAUAUGAGACUAAAGUAGCCAGCAGUGAGCGGUUUUAGUGCACUUUCCCGUGCUGUGUGUUAACAUGCACAGCAUCACCAAAAGUGGACAAAAGCAGGGCUGCCUCAAGAGUAAUGUACCAAAAAAUGGUUUGUUUGUAUACAUGCAAUGUAUCCCUCCCAUGGCAAUUUGUUACUUAAUUGUUGCAGUGUAUAGGUGUAUUUGAUUAAAGCAAUAGAGAGACAGUGCUGGAGCUGAUUGUUUUUAGAAGAUGCAGUUUUUACUUUGCACAAGACAUGCAAGAUGGACUACUUAAUAUAGGCCUGAAACAAAAGGAGCCACAUUGAGAAAACCAUUGGUGACCUCUUCGGACUGGAAGAUGGGAAUUGCUACAGAAAUGUCCCUCAAACGUGUCACAUUAGUGGCCGAGCAUGGUGUGUAUGUGGCUGUUAUUUCUAAUUCUGAAUGGCACUUGGUGUGAUAAUGGGUAAAGAUGAACAGCAUAUAAAGCUAAAAUCUGAAUCCUGAUUUUGUUUUCUGGGUCUUGUAUGUUAUUUUGUGUUUCUCACCUGCCAGUGUUGCACACCAGCAACACCAACAGGGUCCAUAAGGUGGCGCAAUAACAUUUUCUUAUUGUGAAGGGGAGGAAAAAUGACCUGAAGGACAGGGAGACGUUUUCAGUACACAUGCAAGCGUUUUGUUUGACUUUGAAAACAUAAAUGAGGAAUUUGUUUUUCAGUUUUGCAAAUCCAUCAACUGUGUUUGGAUAUAUUCAUAGUUUCAAUGGGGGGGGGGGGGUCCAUUCAGAAAACUGUGUUUGCAUAAUAUAAACAAUGUCCUCUUAAACAGUGCAAUGAUAUCUAAAAUAUAAUUAUUAAAGGAUGUAAAUCUGAAAUGGAAAAGAACACUGUUUUAAAUUAAGCUUGGACUUAAUUGUAUUCUUUCACACAGAAACUUCAAAUGUACCAGUUUCUAGUGCCACUGCACCCUGAGAUGCAAAGCAGGUGUGACAUUUAAAUAAAGUCACCAGAUAUUAGAUGGUUAAUUUAAGGAUAUGAGCCACCUGUAAAGAGCUCAAUGUUUGUGAGAAAUGUCCUAUCUAUUCCCUAAACUGUAACUCCCUGCUACCGGUCAGAUGGGUCCAUUGUCUCUGUGUGAUGAGGGAGUGUUUGAUGAAAUCUUUUCUGCACAACGGCUUUCUCGUGCGGCCUUGUGAGUCUGCUUUGCCUGGUAAUGUGUGUUGUUGAAGUGUUGCUCUUUGCAUACUAAUCGAUUAUUUUUUGGGUUUGAGUGUGAUUUUAUAUCAAAAUGAACAAAAUAAAACUACUAAACGAUUUUCUUGAGGUUUUCAUAACUUGUACAAGUCCCAUGUAGUGGCCAUGUCAACAGACCUUCAAUGAAAAAAGUAAGAUCCCU